AUGGCGAGCUGUGGCAGGGCUGGGCACGGGGUACCAAAGGCGCGGCGCAGCAUCGGCCUCGCUGACGGCAUCGCGCUCCCCCCACAGCACGACGACGCCCUUGUGCCCAUGGAGCUGGUGCUGCUCUCCAUGGUGUCGUGCCCUGGUUUCCGCGGCGUCGUGCAGCUCUUGGACUGGUUUGAGCUGCCCGACGGCUUUGCCCUGGUCAUGGAAUGUCUGGAGCUCUGCCGGGACCUCUGGCACCUGCUGCACACAGGGGAGUUCCUGCCAGAGCCAGUGGCGAGGGUGUUCCUCCAGGUGCUGCAGGCCGUGCGGCACUGCACCAGCCACGGCGUGCUGCACCACGACAUCAAGGCCGAGAACAUCCUCAUUGACCUGGCCACCAGCGAGGCAAAGCUCAUUGACUUUGGCUGCGGCACCAUCCUCCAGGACACCUUCUACACCCACAUGGCAGGAACGUGGGAGUACUUCCCACCGGAGUGGAUCCUCUUUGGCUGCUACCACGGCCAGCCAGCCACCAUCUGGACCCUGGGCAUCCUGCUCUAUCAGCUGGUGUGCAGGCACCUUCCCUUUAAAAUCAGAGAGGACAUCGUCCGGAACCAGCUCUUCUUCCCUCCCCGGGUGUCUCAAGGAAGAUUGCACCUGGUGCCCAGACUGGAUGGGGAAGCACCAGCACCGUCUGUGGAGUCCGUCCAGUGCCGGUGCUACCCUGGGACGGCCACAGUGUGCGGGGACAUCUCCUUCAAGAAGGACGAGGACCUCACAAGAGGUGGAGCACGGCCUGCCACGCUGUUCUCCUCCAAAAAUGAGAGCAUGGGCUACCAGCCCCUCAUGCCCUGGAAACGGCACCACUCGGCCUGA